ACCAUCAAUCUAUGUCUUUUUCAAAUUUAUCUAUUUUCUUUUCAAGAUUAUCAAAUUGGAGAUUUACCUCUUGGCGAAACUCCUUCAUGGAUUGGCGAAACUCCUUCAUGGAUUGACGUAGAUACAAGAUUUCAUCAUGUAGCAGCUCCUCCAUCCCUUGAGUACGUCUAUCUGCCUCGUUCUUCUGACCAACUUCAAUGUCGGCGCCUCCUCCUCCACAGGUACGUGUGGAAGAUCACGAUCUUGUUUUCCUUGAUGCAGAGCCGAAUUCACAUCAAACACACGGGUCCCACCAAGUGUGCCAUAUUGUUUCGGUGUGAAACCAAAUAUCCACCGUCAAAAGUCGAAUUUGUUUUCGGCAAUGUUGAUUUGAUAUUUCGCGAUGGAAACUCUUGCGGUGCCGUUGGGUCGGACGCACUGCUGAAUGUUGAAAUCAGCGUGACCGUCAAUAUCCACCGCCGGGCGUCGGGCGAUGUUGAUUUGAUUGAUGCACCUCAGAAUGGUGAAAUCAACGUGACCGUCAAAUAUCCACUAUCGGGUGAUAUCGAUAUGAUUGAGGCACCUCUGACUUCUAACCAACGCGACCGCUACUACGGUUCGCACCUCUCCAAACUACGUUCGAACGACGGUGUUUGAGUUUUUGAGGAAUCUACGUUACGACUACUCCUAUGUAGAUUCCUGUGGAGAGCUCCGCGACUACGACUAAGACUAAAACUAUGGAGAUCCUUCCUAGAAGGAGAGCUCCGCGAAGGAGUUACAGAGAAAAGAUAAUUUUGACAGAUGUGUUUCUGUGUUGAUUAGGUUCUCCCCUUCUCUCUCCUUACUCCACUGCUUUUAUUUGAAAAACAUCUUCGUAGUCUUCACGCUCGGUAAAACUACUUCCUCAACUGCUCACAACUCCCACGUAGCUUAGCCGUCUUGAUCUCCUCCUCUCUCUGGUUGGCGUGAAUCUCACGCGAUGUCGUUUUAUUCCCCAAACAGCUCUGUCUACAUUUUACUUCGCGACAUUGUUUUAUAUUAAACACUGUCGUUUUCUACUCUGCGGUGUUGUUUUCUCUCGCGGCGUCAUUUUUAGCCAAACAACAUCGUCUAAAAUAAUUAUUAAACAGAUUAAUUAAUU